CCACCCAUAACAGAGGCGUGCCUAAACGGUCACUUUUCCAACAGUGUGUUGAAGUGGCUGACAGCGAGCAGACUAGUAGCAUGCCCCGUUAAUGAGGCAGCUGGAGUUGUAUAGUAUUUCUCCGACCCAGACAAAAAGAUGAUAGUGAAGUUUAUCUGUGCGGUUGUUACCCGGUCGCUAUUCCUCCUCAUCUCUCUGAUAGGAGUAUGGAGGGUGGUCUGGGUUAAGAAUAAUGCUCUUUAUUGGUUCUUGACGAUCCUUUAUCUUCCGCUGGUGAUCGAGAUGAUUUUAACCCUGAAGAGAAAAAAAUUACAGGAUUAUAAAUGGUUUUCUCCUGCCAUCUUCCUGUUCCUCAUCAGUAUCAUUCCAUCUCUAUGGAUUCUAGAGUUACAUCAUCAACAGAACAAAGCUACUGAUUCCAGGUGUGACAAACUGGAUUCAUCUGAAAACAUAAAGAGCCUGUUAAACAUGUGGAGAGGGAAUUCCACCAAUGGCAGCGAGACGUUACUCCAGGGUUCAGUAUCUCUGUUGUCGUCAGUGUGCGCUAACGACUGGAUCCUGGCCCUGCACCAGACCCUGUUGAUCCUGCUGGUCAUAGGGAAGUGGCUGCUCCCUGUUGCAGGAGGGGUGACCAGGGAUGAACUGUCUCAGCUCCUCCUCCUCUUCGUAGGCACUGCCGCUGACAUCCUG